AUGUCCAUUCCCGCACCUUCUUUUGACGGCAUUGGCAUUGCCAAUCUGCCCAACCAGAGGCACAAGAUUGUCGCGAAACGGGGGGCCCACUUCACCAUCAUGGUUGUCGGCGAAUCCGGCUUGGGCAAGACAACGCUGAUCAACACCCUCUUCUCGACCGAGCUCUCACCCCCCAAAAACUAUUCCAAGCGCCACUUCAAGCAGCUGGACAAGCUCACGGAGGUGGAAAUUAUCAAGGCCGAGCUCGAGGAACGCCAGUUCAAGGUCAAGCUCACCGUCAUUGAUACUCCUGGAUUCGGCGACUACGUCAACAACCGCGACUCCUGGCUCCCCAUUGUCGAGUUCAUCGACGACCAGCAUGAAGCAUAUAUGCGCCAGGAGCAACAACCCCAGAGGCACGAGAAGACUGACUUGCGUGUGCAUGCUUGCCUAUACUUCAUUCGCCCGACAGGUCACACACUGAAGCCUCUUGACAUUGAGAUCAUGAAGCGUCUCGGCACCCGUGUCAACCUCAUCCCCGUCAUCGCCAAGGCUGACACCCUCACCCAAAACGACCUGCACAUGUUCAAGCAGCGCAUUCGCGAGGUGAUUGGGGCGCAGGGCAUUCGAAUCUACACGCCCCCUCUUGAUGCCGACGACGAGAAUGCGGAGCACGCCCGCGUUCUUAUCGACGCCAUCCCAUUCUCCAUCAUUGGAUCAACCGAGGACGUCAAGACCCCUGAUGGCCGUGUUGUGAAAGGACGAGAGUACAUCUGGGGUGUUGCCGAAGUUGAGAACGAGAAUCACUGCGACUUCAAGAAGCUUCGCUCGCUUCUCAUCCGGACGCACAUGCUCGACCUCAUCUCGACGUCGGAGGAGCUGCACUACGAGAACUACAGGCAGACACAAAUGGAGACACGCAAGUUCGGCGAGCCCAAGGUCAAGAAGCUGGACAACCCCAAGUUCAAGGAGGAGGAAGAGCAGCUGAGGAAGAAGUUCACCGAGCAGGUCAAGGCGGAGGAGGCGAGGUUCAGACAGUGGGAGCAGCAUCUGAUUGCCGAGCGGGACCGCUUAAACAAGGACCUCGAGAUGGCCCACAGCGCCAUCAAGCAGCUCGAGGCAGAGCUGGAGAACCUCCAAGUUGGCUACGGUCGUGGAAGCGGCAGGCGAUGA